AUGUCGUGGCCCUCCUGGGCAUCCAGCAACACUCCCAACGGAAACCCCUCGGAGGGAGAAGAAGCCCAGGACUUGAUCGACCUCAGACAGGUGACCUUGUUUGAUGCCAUUGAUAAGCUGGGGAGGUUGGCGCUCGCCAGCGAUAUUGAGUACCCCCAGUUGGUCGUUGUGGGCGACCAGUCCUGCGGCAAGAGUUCCGUGCUCGAGGCUAUCGGCCGUUUCCGUUUCCCCGUGUCCGACCUGCUCUGUACACGUUUCCCGACCAAGCUCAUCCUCCGUCGAUCCGCACAAGAGCAUGAGCGAGUCUUCAUUGAGCCUGGAACUUCACGGACGGCAAACGACCGCUUCAUACUCCAGCAAUUCGGGGGCCUUGUGACCGAGUCCGCCGUGCUGAGCGAGUGGAUACGGAGGGCCACCGUGGUGCUCGGCGUAUCCCCAGCGACCGAUGGCGACACUGGCCUCAGAGUGGCCGGUAGUGCCCCCCGGCAAUUUACUGACGACGUUCUCGUGAUAGAGAAGCAUGGACCUGGCCUCCCUAUGGUCAACCUGGUCGAUCUGCCCGGCGUCUUCCGGGCCACUGACAUGGACGGGCAAGACGAAACCAGCCGGGAGAUGGUCUUUGAGAUGGUCCAAGACUACGUCAGGUCCCAGCAGAACUUCAUCCUACUCGUCAUCAGCGCUCGAAACACAGUAUACAACCACAGCGGGCUCGGUAUGGUGCAACGCAUCGCCCAGGAGGAUGCCAGCCUCAUGGACCGUGUCGUCGGGGUCAUUACCAAUCCGGAUCAUUCUUUGUCGGUAAGGGAGACCUUGGGCCUCCUGCUCGGACGCCAUUCCUCCGACAUUCUGGGGUGCAAGUGGCACCUUGUCAAAAACCAAGAUCAAACACAGAGAUCUAAAGAGACAUUGGUGCAGAGGGACCGCAGGGAGGCGCAAUUCUUUGCCACGAGUGACAUGUGGGGAGAGGUACCCGGCGACCAAAAGGGCAUUGCAGCGCUCAAUGCGACGCUCAGGGAAGCCUUCCGGGAGCACACUCUGACUACACUUCCCCGUCUCAUAUCUGAGAUCAGGGCCAAGAUCUCCAGCAUUGACCGUAGGCUCAGCGACGUGGGCUCGUCCCGGUCUACGGACAAGGGCCGCCGACGGCUGCUCGUCAGCAUAGCCUCCAAGUUCCGCGCCCUCGCCGACAAGGCCUGCUCGGGUGUGUAUGAGGACGGGCAUUGCAAGGAGCUGCACGAGGUCGGGGUCACUUGCCAAGAGUGCGAGCCAUUCUUCCGCAAGGCCCAGGACAUGAAGCUCCGAGCCAACAUUAGGGCGUUGAACAAGUCCUUCAGCUCCGCCAUGCUUGCGUACGGCAAGACGACCGAGGUCCUCUCGUCCCCCAAAACGGAGCCAGCCCGUGGCGGGCCAGCCGUGCCUGCAGACCUGGCCAACCCGACCGACUCGCGCACGGCGUUCCCACCCGCAACCACCACCAGCAAGUACUACACACACACCAAGCCUGAACCGGUCGUCCUGGUCGCGUUCGAGGACUGGGUGGAUGCCCUGAUUCCAAAAUGGAGCGCCAAAGAACCCACCGGCGAGGCCAGCGAAGCCGCCUAUCACCAGCUAUUCAUGGACGAGUCCAAGAACUGGCCAGAAAUUGCCGGUCGACACCUGGAAGCCGUGUGGGAGUCUGUUCUGCGCUUCGUGGAUUUGGCUCUGGCCGCUGCCUGUCCCUACCCGGACCUGCGCGACGCCCUCGAGAAGCGCCUCGUCAACACUGGCCUCAGAACCUUGAAGAAAAAGUCCCACCGCACGCUGAACGACCUGCUCCACUGCCACCGGCACGGCGGGACGGGAUUCUACGACGCGAUCAUCGAUGCGAGGGCGGCGAGGCGGAAGCCAGAGAAAGGGAAUCCCGUCUUUGAUGGACUACCCGAUAUGAUCGGAGAUGCCGUAUUCCAACACCUGUCGGGUGUCUCGUCCCCAUUGAGCCCCGUGAUUCUUAGUCCGGUCCGGUCUCUUGUUUCGCAGGCCGUGAGGGGGGCGAUACAAACGACUUUUGGUGAUAAUAGUGCUACGGAUACUGACGCCUCGAGCAUUGUUGAUCCUGCUUCCGAGGUGCCGAAGCGGGCCAGUACCACUGCCGGCCGAGUCAUCCAACAUGUCGAGGAGAAUUACGAGACGAGUCUCGUUUCCUUCGUGGGUUAUGUCAACGCUUUGGUUGUCGAAAGUGGCAUCUUGCGCGAGCUGCCCACGGCAAUCUUCACCCCUGACAUUGUCAUGCUUGAGAGUGAUAAUAUGAUCAACGACAUUGCCGGAGAGAAGGACACUGACGCCAAGCGGCGGGAGAGGGACGAGCGGGACUUGGAGGAGCUGCAGGCGGUGAUGGAUGUUCUGGAGAAUCAUAUGAGUAGGCGCAACCAUAACAGCGUGCAAGUGUAA